AUGGUCUUCGGCUGCCCGAUAUUUUCCAUUCUGGCAAUCAAGUACGGCCUGAAGAGAGUGCUCAUUAUAGGCACCCUGGGCUACGCUCCAUACUCAGCAUCAUUGUACGUUAACAACAGAUACGGAGUCGAUUGGUUUGUUCUCUUCGGUGGCGUCACUUGUGGUAUAGCAGCGUCGGCGCUGUGGGCAUCUGAGGGGGCCAUUGCGCUGGGUUACGGCAGUGUGAAAGAUCGUGGCAAGUUCACCGGAAUCUGGCUGGGUCUCCGAGAACUCGGCCAGUUAAUUGGAUCCUCUAUCCAACUCGCAUUCAACGUGAAGAACGGUGAGCGAGGGAAGGUGGGAUACACCACGUACCUUGUUCUUAUCGCUUUGCAGUGCUGCGGCCUCCCCCUAGCUUUGCUGGUGUCCCCUCCAGGCAAAGUCAUACGGCCAGACGGCAUGAAAGUCCAAGAGCCCCCCAAAGAUGAGAAAACGCGCCAAACACUGAGGAAGCUUUGGACUUUGCUCAAGUCAAAGCAGUUCUUGUUGCUGAUACCUAUGCUUGUCGGGUUUCACUGGAACAAUACAUAUCAGGGCAUCUACCUCACCGACUACUUCUCAGUUCGAGCACGAACGCUCGGCGCGCUGAGCUCUGCUUUGGCGGCCACUGUGGCGAACAUCCUCUGGGGUUGGGUCUACGACUUGCGAGUAUGCAGUAGACCAACACUAGCAAAAGUAACGUGGGGUUUCUUUGCCGUGACGAUGCUUGGCUUGUUCGGCUGGCAGGUAGCCAACGAGAAGAGAUAUGAGGCAGCAGUUCCCAAAGUCACGUUGGACUGGACCAGUCCUGAGUUUGGACGGGCUUUCGCUGCAAAUGUGCUAUUCCGAUUCAUGAACGAAUCGCACUACAUGUUUGAGUAUUGGCUCAUAGGGGUAUUCUUUGACGAUCUCGAGACCUUGACACUGGCUAUGGGCCUUCUCAGGUCGUUCGAGUCGGCUGGGAAUGCCGUGUCGUACGGCGUUGGUGCAGCCAAGGUGUCGCCUAUGGUCAACUUGAUAGUGGCUUUUGCCAUGUUUGGUAUCGUGGUACCUGCGACAUCAUGGCUUGUCUUUCUUGUCCCGGAGCAUCCAAUUGAUGCCUCUGAUGCCUCGAAUGAAAUAGUGGCCUCAGCUGUGGUCGCUCACGUUGCGAACGGCGCCGACAGCGCGAGAAUGUGA